CACACGAAAAAUUAGUUAAUUUGACCAUUGUACAGGAGAGACACAAAUUGAAAAAGGCCAUGGAGUACUACUAUUUAAUGUUGUGUAUACUAUAGGGUAAAUUAAAUAAAAGUGUCCCAUUGAAAGUGUAUUAGAAAAUCUAUUUAUAGUUACUUGUUGGGGCUCCGAAAUAUGCAUCCAAAAGAUCUCUCUCCCUGGAGCAUAAUUAAACAGAAUGAAUCGAUAUAAUAUGGUGACAACAUUGAUGUCCAACGUGAGGAUGCUAAUACCUAUGGCCAUCUCCAGAAGACCUCCACCACCUAAAACUUCCUCUUCACUAGCUUGCCUCUCCAUGAAACCUCAACCACCACUACUUAAUCAGGACUCUCCUACUAAUCUUUCAUCGCCUAAUCCCGUUAGGCGUUCAGGGAAUUACGAGCCUACCAUGUGGGAUUUUCAGUUCAUUCAAUCCCUGCACAAUCCUUACGCGGGAGAAAAGUAUAUAAAGCGUUUUAACGAACUGAAGAAGGAAAUGAAGAAGAAUUUGAUGCUAAUUAUGGUUGAGGGAUCAUCACAAGAAUUAGAAAAGUUGGAGCUGAUUGAUAAUUUACAAAGGCUUGGAAUAAGUUACCACUUCAAGGAUGAAAUCAUGCAAAUAUUGAGGAGCAUAAACCAACACACUGCUCCGGGGGAUUCAUUAUACUCUACGGCUCUGAAAUUUAGACUCUUGAGACAACAUGGUUUUCAUAUCUCUCAAGAUAUACUGAACGACUUCAAGGAUGAGCAGGGUAACUUCAAGCAAAGUCUUUGUGAAGAUAUAAAAGGAUUGUUACAAUUAUAUAAAGCUUCAUUUUUCUCUAUGGAAUUUGAUCAAAUGCCUACUUCAUUGGAGUCUGCCAAUACAUUCGCAAGGUCACAUCUAAAGAACUAUUUGCACAUGAAUAGGAGUACUAGUUCAAAUGGUGAUUUUCCAGACAGGCCGACAGUGGAACUAGUGCGCCAUGCCCUGGAACUUCCUUUGCAUUGGAUGAUGUUGAGAGUAGAGACAAGGUGGUACAUUAACAUUUAUGAGAAAAUCCCAAUUUCUAACCCUCUUCUGCUCGAGCUUGCUAAGUUGGAUUACAAUAUUGUGCAAGCAACACACCAACAAGAACUAAGAAAUCUAUCAAGAUGGUGGAAGAACUCAUGCCUAGCAGAAAAAUUGUCAUUUACAAGGGAUAGAAUAGUUGAAGCUUUCUUAUGGAUAGCUGGGAUGAUGUUUGAACCUCAAAAGAACCAAAAUUGCCGAAUAAUGUUGGCAAAGGUCACUGCUAUGGCUACAGUCAUAGAUGACAUUUAUGAUGUUUAUGGCACACUUGAUGAGUUGGAACUCUUCACUCAUGCAGUUGAAAGAAUGGAGUUAAAAGCAAUGGAUGAGCUUCCAAAUUAUAUGAAAGUAUGUUACCUUACACUCUUCAACAUUGUUACUGAAAUUGCCAAUGAGGUUCUCAAGGAGCAAGGAAUCAACGUCAUGCCCUACCUUAAAAAAUCCUGGGCAGAUUUAUGCAAAGCUUACUUACAAGAAUCAAGAUGGUACCACGAUGGAUAUAAGCCAAGUCUGAAAGAAUACAUGGAUAAUGCAUGGAUCUCAAUUGCAGCACCAAUGGUAUUAGUCCACACUUUUUUCCUUGUCACAGAUCCAAUUACCAAAGAGGCCUCAGAAUCCUUAACCAAUUAUCCUGACAUAAUUCGAUGGUCUGCAACAAUUAUUCGUUUUGUCGAUGAUUUGGGGACAUCGUCGGAUGAAAUGGAAAGAGGUGAUGUUCCCAAGUCAAUUCAAUGUUACAUGAAUGAGAAGAGUGUUUCUGAAGAAGUAGCAAGAAGACACAUCAAUUUUUUGAUAAAAGAGACGUGGAAAUUGAUCAACACAACUCAAAGGAAUAAUUCGUUAUUUUAUGAAGCAUUCACUGAGUGUGCAGUAAAUUCCAUAAGAGCUGGACAGAUCAUUUACCAGCAUGGAGAUGGCCAUGGAAUUCAAAAUUCUGAAAUUCAAAAUCACAUUUCCAAAUUAUUUUUUGAGCCCAUCACAAUUUCAGUUGUAUAAAAUCCUACAUUUGGGUUUUUACCUAUGCAUACUUAACGAGUGUUAUUCUAAAUGCUUUACAUUUUAUGCAAUAUGCUUGUCACUUUUGAAAGCAUAUAUUUUUACAUAACUCA